AUGACAUCUUGGCUUGUAUAUCCUUCAUUACCAAUGGGUAAUGGUCGUCGUAUUGAACUAGCUGGUCUUGAUUUAUGGAUUUGUGCACGUGUCGAUAAUGCAUUUGUUUUUCCGUCCGAAUUGGAUAUUGAUCGAUUUAAAGAUGCACUAAGUCGUACACUUUCUCUAUGGCCUAUAGUUUGUGGUCGUUUUCUUGUCUUCGACAAUGGACAAUACGUAAUCGAAAUGUCCGAUAAUCCAAUUCGUGUGAGCUAUGCUGAAAAUAAUGAAUUGACAAAAUGGCCAAAUGAUUUCAAUAUUGUUCUUCAACUUAGUAAUAAUCCACUUACAGCAUUCAUUGAUGAAGUACAAACUAUAAAAUCAGUUUAUGGUUCACAAGAGGAACCACUUGUUUAUUUCAAAUUAACUCGUAUUGUAAAAAGUGGGGAAUGGGUACUAGGAGUAAGUUGGGAACAUUUACUUGGUGAUGCUGCGUCGUGUUUACAUUUUUUAAAUACUUUAUCACGUAUUUAUCAACAAUUGACACCACUUGAACCAUUUCCUAUAUUCGAACGAUGCUUAUGGCAAGAAGAUGAAGUUGAUCAAUCACUUUUGCCUAUAAUGAAACAAUUACGUGAUGCUUUACCUCUAAGAGAUAUGUUAAAAAAUUUUAUAGUAAUACAUGCAAAAUAUGAUCAAGUAAAUUUACAUUUUUCAAGCGAACAAUUAGACAAAUUACGUGAAUUAGCUGGUGGAAAUAAUUUAACUAUUCAAGAUGCACUUACAGCAUAUAUUAUUGUCACACUGAAUAAAUAUUGUUAUAAAAACGAUGAUGAACAUCUUAUCCUACGUACGAAUACUACUGUUAAUUAUCGUGGGGUUUCUGAUUCGAUUGCACCAAUUGGACAAGUGUCCAAUGCUAUUUUGAUGAUGUUAUCUGAUAAUUUUGAUGAUCCGUUUUCAUUAUCAAACGUUGCAAAGACUAUUCGUAUUUCGAUCAAUCGAUCCCGCGAUCCGAAGUUUCUCAAGUCAUACCUUGCAACUGCCGAUGGAUUAAUGAGGAGCAUAACUCGUAAUAAUUUAACUCCGAAUGUCGGCUACUUCGCCAAUGAAGUAACUGUAAAUUCAAAUUAUCGAUAUGAUUGGGUCGAUUUAGUUGAUUUUGGUUACAAAGAUCAAUGCCGUCUCUAUACAGCAUGGACUGGUCCACUGUAUUUUCGUGUAUUUCGAUUAAAUCCAAUAGAAGAUGGUCAUGGUGGUUUCAAACGAGAUCGUAAUGGAGCUGAAGUCGCUUUUUUGAUUGACAAAGAUAAGAGAGUUGCACUUCUUAAUGCAUGGAAAAAAGAUAUUAAUGAGAAUUUCGUAAAUGUCAAACAAUAA